AUUUUAAACUUCUUCAUUAAACCCCUACUACAUGUAUUCGAUGUGUGACUGACUGUGGUUGCCAUGGCCGCUCAAGAUGUAGCUGGCUCUCGAUAUACAGUGCGAGAAAACGGCAACGUUGCAUCGAUGGAGCUGGCUACCGGUGUUCUAGCUGCUCAGCUUGCACCGCAUCUAUCACAAGCUAGUCAACAGCAUCAAUUUAACCGCGAAACAUUUUCGCAGCUUCGCAAAGAGCUUUUAGAGGGUCGAUGCAGCCAGCUGAAUUUAGAAGAUAGCGUGACUGAUGUCAACAAUUUGGUCUGCAUCGUCGUAAAAGCUGGUCUUGAAAUCGGACAUAGAAACGGUCACCUGUCUAUUGCUAGCGAUGUCGACGGGCAGAUCUUGGACUGUUUGGAUAUCAUCCAAGCAGCUGUUGAGAAGGUGCCUCAAGUUCUUCUAGAAUUCUCCAACAAUGAGAUUCUGGGAAAGGACAUAAGUGCGCCCUUGUAUUUCUGGCUCGUCAUUCGGUUAAUCGAUCUCUUAUGCAACUGCAACCAGAGUCUGCUAGGAAGGAUACGUAGCCUUCUCUCAUGCAUAGUAUGUUCGCAAUACAGGCUUUCGCCUUCGAAGACCUUCAGUUUCUCUAUUUCAGGUCUACUGCGAACUUUCAUAAGAGAUGUAACGAGGUCAGUCGAGGCUUUCGACUUUUCGACAUCUCGAAACUCCUCAUGUACAAUCUCUUUUCCUAGAUCGCGACGAUCGUUCGCAGCGGAACUAGAAAGACUGGAUCUCACCCCUGAGCUUGCGAAUAUGAACAUGAUACUUGGGCCUUUUCCGAGAGUAAUCGUUUCUGUCUUAGAGCUGAGUUCCGCAUUGCUACCGGUGGAUGUCAUCUCGACUUCAAAUGGUCUAAGUUCAGUCAUCCGCCAUGACUUUGCUUGGAUUCUUGAUGUAUAUGUGCAGCUAUGGCACGGCGUUGUCGCAUGGGAGCCAAGUACAGAAAAAAGAGCCCAACUUCAUCUCCACUUCUUGGAGCAUCUCGGGAUCUGCUGUGACGCCUCCGCUUUGUUGUCUGAGGAAUUUUCGCUUGAGAUAAAAGCUAUAUGCAUUCGACUUCGAUGUAUCGCUGAUAUAUUAUCCUCCAGCGCUGCGUGCCAGGAUUCGAAUGUUCAGCUAGCUUGUCGCCAGGCUGUUGAAAGCACUGCAAAGGUCGCGAGGCGUUCGGCGGUUGUCGCAACAUACAUGGGAGACAUCCUCCUCCCAGUCCUAGGAGAGAUAGGCUAUAGUGACACGCCUCUGCAGAGCGUGAAGUUAUCUCUCAAGGAGCUGGUUUUGAGCAUUCUGAGCGAGGCCCUACACAAUGCUCCCAACUAUUCUAAAUACCCAAAGUAUGGUUAUGGUUGUCAGAAGCGAGCCUUAGACCUCCCAGGAGGUCGGCAGACGGAGGACGGUCUGCUAGAAGGUGGGAAGACGCCUCAAGGUAGUCCGGCGCGGAAGCGUAUCCGCCUGUCCAAGGAGCAACCGGAACCUCCCCCGCCAGAUGCAUUACAGACGCUUCUGUGCAGAGUAUACAACCUUCUAGGUUGCGAAGCUCCAGGGAGCCUCGAAGAUCUCCCUUCCGUCGCUCAGGAAAAAUUUCCUCCCUUAUCUGAUGAGAAUAAAUGUGCUCUUGUAACAAACUUGGGAAUGAUAGCAUGUGCAGGUGCCACUGGUCUGUCAGGAACUCAUGACGGGCCAGACUCGGAGUUGGCGCCAUGUUGUAUAUGUGACAUGAAUACUCCUGAGGAGCAGGCUCUUGUCCCUUGGCGCAGCCCCGGUUUCAGCGCAGUAAGGUCAACGUUGACGAAUAUUUUGUCUAACCUCGGCCGUACUCCAUCUCCUAGAAUCGCGUCAAUGCUGGCAUUGCGAAGGAUUCUCGUCCAUGACCCUGAUAGCAAUCAGCUAGAUCUAACCUCAUCAAUGUUUGGUGAAUUGUGCCUUCAUUCGCUACGGAGCUCUGUUAGGGAGAUUCGAUUAGCUGCCGGAUACACUAUUACGGCGUUUUUACGCCCAUGUCUAGACCCAGAAGUUCGCCGGUCAAACUUUGUGGUCGUCCUAGAAUGCGUUAAGACACUUGCUGAGAAGCGAGAGAUACCAGUCCAAGAAACAUGCAUUCUUUCUUUAUGCAGAUUUGCCGAGAUAUCCGGCGACGAAGAAUUGAAUCUAAUUCUUCUGCGACUUCUUGAGUAUCUGGGACAUACGAAUCCAUAUAUCUGUGGGGUGGCCUAUGUGGAACUUUUGAAACUUUCGCAGCGGCUGUCAAUAACACCCGCGGGUCUCUUUCGACCGUUCUGGAGGACCCUCUCAGUUACAGUUGUCAAGAACCUACAAACCAGGCCACACAUGGCAGAACAAUUGUGCGACCUCCUCGGAAUGAAUGUCGAUGACUUCCUUCGACUGACGGAGGUCCACAUUUUGCCUUAUCUGGUAUUAAUGCGGAAACGAGAUAUUAUCUCGCGAAUCGGUGCCAGCUACAAGAAAACAAAGUCUCCUUUUGAGUUAUGCUCAGAGAACAAUAAUCUAGCGUCUAUUCUUGCCUUCUUACUGAGCCAGCCUUCCUCGGACCCCGAAGGGAUGAUUAUCUCCCUGUUCCAGGACGUGGAUGUCCAAUUCAAAGGCUGUACUCUUGCAACGUUCCUUAGAACCGAGCCGAUUCUUAUCGCAUGUGAGCUUCUGAAAAGCCUGGGUGACGCGGGUGAUGGGAAAGGAGACAAGUUCCAUCGAGCUCUUCAACUUCUAGCUACUUAUGUUCCCCGCAAAUCGACGUCGGGACAUGCACCAUCUAAGAAGCAGGAUCUUCUGGGAAGCUUUAUCGAAGAGCAUGUUCUUGGUAUCAUCACUCAGUUCGCUCACACUAUCAACGACUUCCAGAUAAGGCAGCCAACAAUGGAGAAGAAGCGCAACAUUGUCGCUAUCGGAGAAAUGGUCAAGAUAGCGAAAGGCCACAUCAACAGUGCAUUGCCUCAGAUCUGUGCUUGUCUUAGAUCAGCAUUGGAGAUCAAAGUGCUCUGCGACCAUGCCUUUUCCGCUUGGAGCGUGCUCAUAAUGUCCCUUGAUGAGGAUGAACUGGAGCCUCUAAUUGACCAGACUCUCGCUAUAAUCAUUAAAUACUGGGAAGACUUCAACGCGCGCAGCAGACAGCAAGCCCAUGAUCUCGUUGAUUACAUUAUGAAGCAUCAUAGUGACCUAGUGCGUGAGAUAUUCCAUACGAUGCCAUCGUUAUCAUCCAUACCGGUCCUGGGUCGAUUUGAGAUCGAAUUGAAUCAACUGAAGGGGCAGAUGGAUGUCAGGUCUCGUUUCAUGGCUUUCAGCAGACGCUGUCAAAACGAGAACGCAGCAGUUGUCGAACAAGCUUUGAAGGAGCUUGUUCCAUAUCUUACUCAGAAUGAGGAAUUUCUGCACAGGUCCGUUCUUAACGAACAGCCAGAUGCUGUUGUUGCGCAAUUGACCCGGUCCCUAUUGGACUGCUGCGUGAAGUUCAACGCUAGUUCUGACAACAUAACGAUCCUGUCCGCUCAGUGUCUCGGCCUGGUCGGUUGUCUCGAUCCGAAUCGUGUAGAGACUGUGAAAGAGAAGAAAGACAUACUCGUGUUGUCGAACUUUGACCGCAUGGAGGAGACCUUUGAAUUCAUCUUGUUUUUCCUCCAACACGUUCUAGUAGAAGCUUUUUUGUCGGCUUCCAAUACCAAGGCACAAGGAUUCCUUGCCUAUGCUAUGCAGACCUUGCUCAAGGUCUGCAACUUGCACUCAACCGUCACUCAACGAUCCCGCGAAAUGCAAUCGGAUGACAAAUACCUCCGGUGGAUGGAUCUUCCUGAGACUGUUCGAAACACCUUAACUCCGUUUCUGACAUCAAAAUACACAGUCACCAUUGGGGCUGUGAGCACCAGCUGCACUUAUCCGUUGUUCUCUUCCAACCUCAGUUAUGGCGAGUGGCUUCGCACCUUUGUGCAGGACUUACUGCUCAAAGCCAAUGGUGAUAAUGUAAAGCUGAUAUUCAGUGUUUGCAGCCGCAUUAUCAGGGGCCAGAACAUAUCAAUAGCCUCUUUUCUUCUUCCAUUUGCAGUACUAAACCUUGCAGUUGGUGGCACCGACCUUCAAAAACAGCAACUCCAGGAUGAACUUACGAGAGUACUUUCCCAUCCUCUCCCCGAAGAAAAUAGCCAGACAAGGGAAAAUAUAAUUCUCUGCAGUGAGAGCGUUUUCAGCGUCCUCGAUUACCUCUCGAGAUGGCUUCAUGGCAAGAAGAAACAAUACACAAGCCUGGCCAGUUAUACUUCCCAUGGUAGCAAGUCUCAUCAUCGUGAGAGUUACAGGGAUUCUCUACUGGAAAUAUAUUCCGCCCAGAUCCAGAGCGUUGAAAAUCUUUUGUCACAAAUACCGGCAGAGGUCAUUUCGAAAAGAGCAGUCGAGUGCAAAUCCUUCUCUAGAGCGCUAUUUCACUGGGAGCAGUAUAUCAGGCAACGCAAGGCUCGUUCAGAGAAGCAGGAGCCGACAAAGCUUGGUCCAUUGUAUCAACGUUUGCAGGAUAUCUAUACGCAGAUCGAUGAACCCGAUGGGAUCGAAGGCAUAUCUGCCCAUCUGCAUGUCCUUAACAUUGACCAGCAAGUUCUAGAGCAUAGAAAGUCUGGUAGAUGGACUGCAGCUCAAAGUUGGUAUGAGCUGCAGCUUGACAAAGAACCGAACAACCACGACGCUCAAUUGAACUUACUUACUUGUCUCAAGGAUUCUGGACAGCUAGACGCGCUUCUCAACCAAUUUGAGGUAUUCGAAAAGUCCGGAGCGUCCCUUGCUAGACUCUUGCCCUUCGCCGUUGAAGCUGCUUGGACAACCAGCAAAUGGGACAAACUUGAUCACUAUCUGCAGAUAUGCGUGCAGCAGAAUGCCGGUAAUUUUAGUAUCGGGAUCGGCUCAGCUCUCAGUGCCCUCCGACAAGGCAAGAAGGCAGCAUUUAAGAAAAUCAUAGAGCAACUACGAUACAGCGUUGCUAGAUCCCUUACUUCAAAUUCCAUCGCUUCUCUACAGUCAUGCCACGAUAGCGCUCUCCAGCUGCACGCCUUGACCGAGAUUGAAUCCAUAGCAAAUAUUGGUUCUGACGAGGGCGUUGAUCGUUCCAACAUCCUAGAAGUACUUGAUCGUCGUUUGGAUGUCCUAGGAGGCUAUCUUUCAGACAAGCAGUACCUCCUCGGAGUUAGAAGAGCAACUAUGGAACUUUCGACUGCUUUCCGGGACUCUGAUAUUGCCGGUGUUUGGCUAAUAGGUGCUCGCCUAUCGCGCAAAGGCAAUCUUACAGGACAAGCGUAUCACUCUGUCCUUAAAGCAGCAGAACUGAAGGACAAGUCAGCUACCAUUGAGCACGCUCGACUUCUGUGGAAAGAUGGACAUCAUCGCAAAGCUAUCCAGAUAUUGGAGGGUGCAAUAGCAGCUAAUGCUUUUGUUUCGGCCAAUUUCGCACCAGACGAAAAAGAUUCGGUGUCGUUAACUUCGAAUAGAGAACAGCAUCAGAAUAUGCUUACUGCGAGGGCACUUUUGCUGCUAGCAAAAUGGACCGACAGAGCUGGACAGACUCAAUCCGACGUUAUUGUGCAGAGAUAUCGCGAGGCUAUUAAACUCCACACUCGAUGGGAGAAGGCACAUUAUUAUCUUGGGAAACAUUAUAAUAAGAUCCUGGAGUCAGAAAAGGCCAAGCCUCUUGGGAAAGAGGCGCAGAUAUACCUUAGCGGGGAAGCUUCUAAACUCGUUAUCGAUAACUAUCUGCGCUCCCUCGCCCAUGGAAACAAAUACGUGUUUCAAACGCUGCCAAAGGUAUUAACACUCUGGCUGGAGCAUGCAUCUAUCGUUGAUCAGCCUUUCGACCCCAAACGGGGAGAUAACGAGGAAUUCCAAAAGCACAGCAUGAGUCAGCGCAAGAAGAGUCUCGAUGAUAUGCACACGCAACUGAAGAAAUACUUGAACCGAAUGCCGGCUGUAUUGCUAUUUACAAUCCUUCCCCAAGUCGUUGCGCGCAUCUGUCAUUCCAAUCCCACCGUAUACGAUCUGUUGACAAAGAUAGUGGUGAAAGCCGUCAAUGCCUUCCCACAGCAGGGGCUGUGGACAGUUCUAGCUGUAGUGAAGUCAUCUUCCAAGGACCGUGCAUCUCGAGGCAUUACAUGCCUUCAGAAGAUAACGGAAGCGACAAAGAAAUUGAAAACCGAAUCAUCGGUGACUGAUAUGAAGAUGUUGAUAAACCAAGGCCAAAAGUUUUCUGACGAGUUGCUCAAAUUGUGCACCGCAAGGGUCGAAGAGAAGGCCUCAAAAGUCAGCCUUGCACGAGACCUUGAGUUUAAUCCUAAAGUUGCACCCUGCCGUCUGGUGGUUCCAUUCCAAGAAAUGCUCACACCGAGUCUUCCUGCUAAUCACUCUUCGGAUUACCUGAAAACAUUCAGAGCGUUCCCCCAAGAUACUGUCAUUAUUGAAGAUGUUUCGGAUGAAGCACUAGUCCUGAGCUCUAUGCAGAAACCUCGAAAGAUCAGCAUCCUUGGAUCUGAUGGGAAAGUCUACAGCUUGCUUUGUAAACCAAAAGAUGAUCUCCGAAAAGAUCAAAGACUUAUGGAGUUCAACAAUAUGAUCAAUAGGUUUCUCAAGAGGGACAUCGAGUCGAGCAAGCGACGCAUGUAUAUCAAAACAUACGCAGUCACGCCUCUAAGCGAAGAAUGUGGCCUCAUCGAAUGGGUUGAUAACCUGAGAACUCUGCGAGAGCUUGUUAUCAAAUUGCUGAAGGAGCGAGGAAUCACCCCUAACUAUACCGAGAUUAGACAAUAUCUUAACAAAGCAUGUAGCGAUGUCUCAAACCUGCCAUUAUUCACAACCCAUGUCCUAUCAAAAUUUCCUCCUGUCUUACAUGAGUGGUUCGUUGAGAUGUUCCCGGAGACGGGGGCAUGGUUCUCCGCUAGGCUAAGAUACACUCGGUCUUCUGCCGUAAUGUCUAUGGUUGGAUACGUUUUAGGACUUGGCGACCGGCAUGGCGAGAAUAUCUUAUUUGAAGAGGGGAGCGGCGGUAUUCUCCAUGUAGAUUUCAACUGCCUCUUCGACAAGGGCCUAACCUUUGAGAAACCGGAAUUGGUUCCAUUCCGACUUACGCAUAACAUGGUCGAUGCCUUUGGCGCUUAUGGAUAUAACGGUCCUUUUCGGAGAACAUGUGAGAUAGCUCUCGGGCUUUUGCGCCAAAACGAGGACGCUCUCAUGACGAUUCUGGAAACGUUCUUAUAUGACCCGACAACCGACUUUAUCGGGAAAAAGAAGAGGAGGACGAACCCAAAUAUCCCAGAAACACCAGAGGGAGUCUUGGAAUCUGUGCGCAACAAGCUCCGAGGCCUGUUGCCUGGAGAGUCUGUCCCGCUUUCCGUUGACGGCCAUGUGGAUGAAUUGAUUUUGCAAGCUACUGACAAGAAGAAUCUGGCGGCUAUGUAUAUUGGGUGGUGUGCAUUUUUCUAGGAGCAUCGGAUAUAUUGUUUUAAUUGCUCUGUUGGAUAUGGUCUUUUCAACGAAUUUCCUAGUGUAGGCUACAUCAUGUGUUAUAUCUGAGCUAGGAUGACGAUAUUUGCAUUAUUGUUCUCAACACAC